AAAAACAUAGCCCCUAUCUUUUUUAAAAAGGUUCGGUUCUUAAGAAAAAGAAGAAGCGUUCAAGUGAAGAGGAAGAAGAAGCAAUGGAUAAAGUACCAGAAAUUCAUUUUCCAAAACUGGAGAAAUCUUCAGGCAAGAAACAAACAACGACAGUUGUUGUCGGAGCUUUAGCUGUCGCAUGGUUGGCGGUAGAGUUCGUGUUUAAGCCAUUGUUCAACAAACUUAACUCAUCAAAGGAUAAAUCAGCCUCCGAGGAUGCCACAGCCGACGCUGACACAGCUCCUCCUGCGUCCGACGAUGCAACAGCUCCUCCCACGACUGACGAUGCAACAGCUCCUUCCACGUCCGACGCCUAAAGGUGAGAAAAGCCUCUGCGGGAGACAUGUCGUAUAAUUUCUUCGUAAUCAAUAAUAUUUAUAAGCAAAUAUGUUUUGUGUGUUUAUGUUGUUGUUUCUUCGAUUCUGUAAUAUUGUUCGGUUUUUAUUGCCUUGACGAUGAUUUUAAGUUAAGGUAAUCUUGUUUUUCUUUUGUUUUUGUAAUAAAAUUCCCGAGAUGGAAUAAUAAACCAAUGAGAUACGAUGUACUAUUUGAUUGCA